AUGAUCAAUAUUUUUGAUACGCUUCUCAACUACGAAGCAUUUACCCGCCGACCAUUUUACUAUAGGUCAAAGAAGGUGUGGCCAUGGAGCGAACAAAGAAAUAAUGGUAAAGAAAGACACCCCUGUCGCGGGAAAUCAAAUGCCAUCACCAAAUGGUCCGUGCGCGCUGCCGCCCUAUAUAAACCUCGUUGCGACCACGUUGAUUCCUUACCACUCUGGCCUUUUGGCUUAGAUCAAGUGUAG